AUGUGCAACCUCUCAAAGCCCAGGACACGGAGAAGCGAGAUAAAUGAGGAGAUGGUGGCUAGCAGCCUACCGGCUAAGCUGCAGUAUGCGUGCCGCUACUGGGUCGAUCACCUCGAGCACAGCCAGCGCAGCGUCGCCGACGGAGACGCAGUGCUUGUCUUCAUUCAGACGCACCUUUUGCACUGGCUCGAAGCGAUGAGUCUGAUGCGGGAGACAGGCCAAUGCGUGCGCUUGCUAUCAAGACUGCAGGCGCUGGUGGCGCCGUCUGGAGACGCAUAUUUAGCCUUCCUCCGCAAUGCGAACCGAUUUGUGCUGCGUUUCUGUUCGAUCCUAGCAGAAGCACCCUUGCAAGUCUACUCGUCAGCGCUUGUCUUCGCACCAGAGACGAGUAUUUUCCGGAAGACGUUUGUCAAGCAGGUCCCACAAGCGGUGGAAAUGCUUUCGGACAGAGAAGGAGACUGGGACGCGUGUCGCAGCGUGCUGGAGGGCCAUUCAGACAAUGUCAAUGCGGUGGUGUUCUCGCGAGACGGACAGCUGGUCGCCUCAGCAUCCGACGACAGGACAGUGCGAGUGUGGGAGACGGCAACGGGCACCUACGACGUCAACGCGGUGGUUUUCUCGCGAGACGGACAGCUGGUCGCCUCAGCAUCCGACGACGAGACAGUGCGAGUGUGGGAGACGGUGACGGGCACGUGUCGCAGCGAGCUGAAGGGCCAUUCACAAUAUGUCAAUGCGGUGGUGUUCUCGUCAGACGGACAGCUGGUCGCCUCAGCAUCUCACGACAGGACAGUGCGAGUGUGGGAGACGGCGACGGGCACGUGUCGCGGCGUGCUCGACAGCUCAUCGCCGUACAUAUAUCACCUCACUUUCUCGCCUGACGAUCAGGCCCUGCAUACCGACAAAGGAGACAUUCCGCUGCCUGCAUCUCUAAAUCUGACGCCACCUGUUGAGCAGGAAGAGCAAUCUUUGCAGCUCUCAGUAGAGGACCAGUGGGUGUUGCGCAACACGCAGCGCUUUCUGUGGCUGCUGUUCAAGUACCGGUCAUACAAUUCGGCAGUAUGCAAGGACAUGGUCUGUCUUCGGUGUCCAUCUGGGCGCGUGGCUCUGCUUAAACUGCAAUAG